AUGAGGUUUAGUGACCAAAAAGAAUUCAAUAUUGUGUCUCCAGAUGAUGGUUGUGAAGAGCUUUUUAUUCUUUACUCUAGUAUAAUAUCUAAAGAUUUUCAUAGUUUAACUGUCAGUGAAGUGUUUAAGCUCGAUGUGGAAUCUGGGAAUGAUUGUCAUACGAAGGCCACCAAUGUUAUCGGCCCAGAUGGUGCUCUUAUCAAUACAGGAUCUCGUAAUCGUAGAGGUAGUGGAAGUGAUUCCUACGGUGGCGGUGGUUUAAAUACAUUUUUAGGUGGGAAAUAUUGUGGUAGUGAAGGUUGUUAG